UAGGCAUUAUUUGGUUGUCAUAUACCCUAGGCAUUAUAGAAACUUCAUCCCUUCUCAAAAGCGCCUCAUUUUUCGCUGGUUCCUGAUGAAGAUCACGGGAGUGUAGACCUCGUCUCUGCCUGCCUUCUAUCUCACAGCGAUUAGGGCCCUAGAGAGGAGAAAUAUUCCAGUAGGAGGAGAGAGAGAGAGAGAGAGAGAGAGAGAGAGAGAGAGAUGGAUAGGGAUUGGGGUUCGAAACCGGGGAGUGGAGGCGCGGCGUCCGCACAGAAUGAGGCGAUCGACAGGAGGGAGCGGUUGCGGAGGCUGGCCCUCGAAACCAUUGACCUCGCCAAGGACCCCUACUUCAUGCGCAACCACCUUGGAAGCUAUGAGUGUAAGCUUUGUUUGACACUGCACAACAAUGAGGGCAACUACUUGGCACAUACUCAGGGGAAGCGCCAUCAGACCAACUUGGCAAAGAGAGCUGCACGUGAGGCCAAGGAGGCGCCUGCUCAGCCCCAGCCGAACAAGCGCAAAGUCGCCCUUCGAAAAUCAGUUAAGAUUGGAAGACCUGGGUAUCGUGUGACAAAGCAAUUUGACUCGGAUACCAAGCAACGUUCUCUUCUUUUCCAGAUUGAGUACCCUGAAAUUGAAGACAAUACUAAGCCUAGACACCGGUUUAUGUCAUCAUUUGAGCAGAGGGUCCAGGGCUGGGAUAAAAGGUACCAGUAUCUUCUAUUCGCUGCCGAGCCAUAUGAGAUCAUUGCUUUCAAGGUUCCAAGCACUGAGAUAGAUAAAUCCACACCAAAAUUCUUUUCGCACUGGGACCCCGACACAAAAAUGUUCACGUUGCAACUCUACUUCAAAACCAAACCACCCGAAGCCAACAAGCCACCUGGUGUGCCUCCUCCUGUCACUACCAAUGGUGCUCCUCCUAGUGCCCCCCCACCUCCAAGGACGCUGCCACCACCACCACAGGCACCACCACCCCCACCACCACCGAUGAACCCUCCUCGGGCCCCUCCUCCCCCAUUGGGUGGGGGCCCUCAAGUGAUGACAAAUGGGCCCCGCCCCAUGCCACCUGGCAGCGGCCCACCUGUCCCUCCGCCGCCUCCUAUUGGGGGUAAUACUAUGGCAAACUUCACUCUUGGUAGUCAGAUGUCUCAGCCUCCGCCUCUACAACAAGGGUUUCUAGGGCAAGGGGUUCGAUUGGGUGCCCCUCCAAGUAUUAUGCCGAGGCCUGCACCUCCAUCACAGUGACUAACUCCUUCCCUUUUGGGUUGUAUAGACCCGUAUGCUUGGCUUCCUGUGCUGUUUGUACAUGUGACUGCUUUUUAUUUGGUAGAGUUGGGGCUUGCUACGGCACAUGAAACACCCUGCUUUUUAUUUUAACUGGUUCAGCUUGGAUCCUAGUGCAACCAUUUGUUCUUUGGGAUGUGAUAUAUUGCCGCAAUGGCGUGAAUGCUUAGCUCUAUUAGUUGUGGCGUGUGUUUUAUGGUUCAUUGUUUUGGGUAGUAAGGUUCUGCAUCUUCACAGCACAUUUACACGUGUUGAGCACUUUAAGCGGAAGAACUUAUUUUUUGACAAGAAUUAAGGGAAAAAGCUUUCAAUUUCAGCCUCA